CCAUGAGCAUGAUUGAAAAAAAUAUGGAUGCGAACGUUAUUUUAUUUGAUAAACAAUUCGAAUUUUAGAUUGAUUCAUAUUGUGUAAAGUGAUGUUAAUUAUUUAAUUAUUACCGAAUAAUCAUCUCUGCAUUUAUUGUGUAAUAUUAAUACCCUCAUAAGUUACUAAUUGACGAUUCACCGACUAAAUUCUUGCAGUUUUAAAUUCGGAACAGCGAACAGUACUUCCUUCGUACAGAUGGCAGUGCCAGAUCCUAAAAUCGUCACAUUAUCGAAUUAUCUGACUCAAACUUUGAGUCCAGAUACGAGUAUCAGAAAACCCGCCGAGCAAAUUCUUAAGAAUGCGGAAUCGCAACCAGAUUUCCCCGAAUUACUGUUGAAAAUCAUAGCCGAGGAAUCAAUCGAUCUGACGGUCAGAAUAUGUGCCGCUGUAGUGUUCAAGAAUUACAUAAAAAAUAAUUGGAAAGUUGAUCAAGACAACACCGACGACAAGAUUAGCGAAGAAACUAGAAAAUGUAUUAAAACGUAUAUAAUAGAUUUAAUGCUCCAGUCCGGUGAAGCUAUACAGAAGCAGUUAAGCGAUGCUGUUUCAAUCAUAGGAAAAUACGAUUUCCCCGAUAAAUGGAGUGGAUUAUUAGAACAGAUGAUACAGAAAUUCAGCACAGGCAACUUUCACAUCAUCAAUGGAGCCCUGCGUACGGCGCAUUCGUUAUUUAAAAAAUAUCGUUACGAAUUUAAAUCGCAAGCUUUAUGGACCGAGAUCAAAUUCGUCUUGGAUACGUUUGCUAAACCGUUGACCGAUCUAUUUAUCAUAACGAUGCAAACGGCCGAAACACAGACAACUGAUCUGCCCAUCAUUUACAAUUCGUUGUUAUUUAUUACCAAAAUAUUCUAUUCGCUUAAUUUUCAAGAUUUACCGGAAUUUUUCGAAGAUAAUAUGGCCCCUUGGAUGAAUAAUUUCCAAAUCUUGCUUACGAAAAAUGUACCUUCUUUACAAUCGAGUGAUGACGAAGAAGCUGGCGUUAUUGAACAAAUACGUUCCCAAAUCUGCGAAAAUGUCGUCAUGUACGCGACUAAAUACGACGAAGAAUUCACCUCGUAUUUACGCAAUUUUGUCGACACGAUUUGGAAUUUAUUAACUUCGCUCGGUCCUCAACAAAAAUACGAUCUUCUUGUAACGAACGGGCUCAACUUCUUAUCUACGGUUGCUGAUCGUGCCCAGUACCAAAAUCUAUUCGAGAAUCCCGAAGUAUUGAAGAGUAUUUGCGAGAAAGUCAUCUUCCCUAAUAUUGAAUUCAGAACCUGCGAUGAAGAAAUGUUCGAAGAUAAUCCAGACGAGUACAUUAGAAGAGAUAUCGAAGGAUCCGACGUUGAUACCAGACGAAAAGCCGCUUGCGAUUUGAUCAAAGUCUUGGCUAAAUUCUUGGAACCUCAAAUUAAAUCUGUAUUUCUUACUUACGUACAAACCAUGCUACAAGAUUACACGCAGAAUAAGAACUGGAAAAGCAAAAAUGCCGCGAUAUAUUUAGUUACAUCUUUGGAAUCUCGCGGUCAGACGCAGAAAUUCGGCGUUACCAAAACCAGUAAUAUCGUUAAUUUGACCGAAUUCGCCAUCGAGCACAUUAUUUCCGAGUUACAAAAACCUGGCGUUGAUCUACCGGUCAUAAAAGCUGAUUGUAUACGAUACAUCAUGACCUUUAGAAGUGUCCUACCGAGUCAAUUAAUCGUUAAUUCGCUACCUUUAGUUAGUAAUCAAUUGACGUGUAAUAGCAAAGUAGUCCAUUCGUACGCUGCUGUGUGUUUGGAGAAAAUUUUACUCAUAAAGGAUCAACAAACACAGAAACCUAUGGUCGACAGCGCUGCUUUAUCCACCAUCGCUGAUCAAAUUAUGACUAAUUUAUUCGGUGUUUUGAAAAAAGAAGGAUCCGAAGAGAACGAUUAUAUCAUGAAAGCUAUACUGAGAACUUUGGCGGUAUUGAACGAGAAAUCUAUUCCACUGCUGGAAAACGUUUUACGGAAUUUAAUGGCAAAAUUAGAAAUGGUGGCUAAAAAUCCCAGCAAUCCUAAUUUCAAUCACGCUCUAUUCGAAUCUGUCGCUUUGUCAAUCAAAAUCGUUUGCACGAAUAUCAAACAACCUGAAGCUGUAGCUUCUUUCGAAGGAGAGCUCUUCCCAGUUUUUCAAAUUAUACUUCAACAAGAUGUGCUCGAAUUUCUCCCUUACGUGUUUCAAUUAUUAGCCAUGUUAUUGGAAUUCCGAAACAAAGGUGAUCCUAUUCCGGUACCUUACUGGGAACUGUACCAAUUCCUUUUGACGCCAGUUCUAUGGGAAAGGAGUGGUAAUAUCCAUCCAUUAGUCAGACUAAUCACCGCUUACAUCACCAGAGUGAAUCCUACCGAAAUGUCAUCUAAAAUACAUCUCAUGGCUGUGUUGGGCGUUUUCCAAUUACUAAUUGCGAGUAAAGCGAACGACCACGAAGGAUUGCAUUUACUGAGAAUGUUGAUCGAAAACUGCCCCAACGAAUUAAUGCAACCGAAUAUGAAACAAAUAUUCAUCGUCCUUCUGCAACGAUUGACUCAAAAGAAAACUGAUAAAUUCGUCAGAGGGCUAGCAGCAUUUUUCUGUUUCUAUAUCAUUAAUCAUAAUCCUACCGAUAUGAUCAGUUUGUUGAAUUCUUUACAAGAAAAUUUAUUUGUGAUGAUAAUCGAGCGAAUAUUACUCAGUGAAGUUUCCUUGAAUACAACGGUCGUUGAUAAGAAAAUCAUCAUCGUCGGAUUAACCAAGCUAUUAACCGAAGUUCCAGAAUUUAUCGAUGGUGCUUACUCUGCUCUUUGGCCAGCAGUAUUAAAACAAAUCCUCAAAGCUGCCAGUUCGACCGAAAUAGCCGUACCUAAAUUGGACGAAAUUGAUUUAAUCGAGAUGGCAAAAAGUGGUUACGAAGUUGCCUAUUCUAAACUAGUAUACGCCAGUAAACCUGAAUACGAUCCUCUCCUAGGUAUCGGCGACGUUAUUCCAUAUUUCGCCAGAAAUCUAUCUACUUUAUCGCAAAGGUAUCCUGGCAGAUUAGCUAAUAUUAUCAGUAGUAAUUUAACAGUCGAAGAACAACAGCUACUCCAAGGCUAUUUGCGUUCAGCCGGUGUCCAGUUGUAAAUCUACUCGAAAUUUUAACAGAUAAAAGAUGGAAUUUUUAAUUUUGUUCUCAGUGUUUUAUUUCAUACGCUUAUGUAUUUUAUAAAAAAAUAAAUGUUUGUAAUUUCAUAAA